AUGCUGGUGCAUUUUUUACCAAUGGAGGGGUUCUUCUGUGAGAAGCUCCUAGGAAUAGUGGUUUUGGAAGUGGAGGAACUCUUUUGGGAUAAGCUCCUCAAGAGAGGGGAGUUUGAAGAACAGCCUCUUGUUGAGCAACUCCUUAAGAACACUGACUUGGUGGAUGAUGUGCUUGCCUGGCUGCUACAACCUGCUUCCUUCUUUGACACCUUCCACUUUUCAUCCAUCAAAAACCAAGCAGCACUGAUAUCUAGAACUAGCUAUGGGACACUGAACUGUGUUUGCCUGGCUGGAAUUUGGAAAGGGGAAGUGCGUGCUUUUGGUUUGUACAGUAGCUUUGGGACUAAUACAGGAAACACUGUCCCUGAGAAUCGCCUCAAAUAA